UUACCGAAUUUCACACAUAACAAAGAGCGACGAGAACGCAUUCGCAGCGCUGAUUAUUUUCAAUAACACGUUCACGUAAAUAAAGUUUAGUAAGGAGGCGAGGAAAAACUUUUUAUUGCUUUCGGAAAUCUGUGAAAGUGUACUUUACUGUGAGUGACAAAACAUUUGGAUUUUGUUUGUGAUUCAUAAAAAAACAUUGUGUAUACUGUAACUCUGUUGAUAAAUGCAUUUUCGUUCGUGUUUGGAUGUUUAAGAUAAAGAUGGUGUAUAUGGCUGAUUCAGAAGACUGAUAACUAUUAUAUCGAAGCCAUUUAGAAUGUACUCAUGAGGAGGAUCCUAAGGACGGGCUCGUUUCAGGUUGUGGUCCUCGAAAGAGUCCAAAUACUGCAAUGACUACUGCGAUGGCAGCUCACCAGGAAUCUAUACACGAGAGACUCCAGCCGGCGUCAGAGGAACCCCUGUAUUUGCAUCAUGGAACCGCGUCAUGGGCCACGGAGGCGUCGGACAACCACGAAGAUCAUAGUACCGACAUGUCUCCAUACUAUAACAUGCCUAAAAGAAACAAACGGAAGAACUUCAAGCCCAGGUGUGCUCCAAACGCUACGACGUUCUCUGAUGAUUCCAACGGAGAACACUGCGACGUCGAGAGUCCUGUCAAUGGAAAUGAUAGAACUACACCGGACCAACUGGUCGAAGAUGAAACUGACGAUGGAACCUUUGCAAAAAUUGGAGUUAAAAACUUCAAUCUUCUAAAAGGAGGAGCGGUCGAUCUCAGUAGAAGAUUAAGUACUGAUUCAAAUGAAAACAUAGAUUCGAAUUAUCAAAAUAGUAUAGUCGAUGAUAAGAAAGUUGAUUCUUUCCAACGUUCUUAUAUACAUAGUUUACAAAUAAAUCAAGAAGCUGAAAGAGAAAGGACCGUCUUAAAUUUCAGCAGUUUACAGAACAAAACCUUUUGUGCCAAAAAUCCUUUUGCUAUAUCACAGUUAAUAAAAACUAACUCACCUCCGAGAAGAAGGGAAUCCGAUUCUGACGAGGACAAUAAAGAUCAUGAUAUUAACGCCAAUGAGAGAUUAGGAGAAGGUCAAGAAGCAAAUGAAGUGGCGGAACCACAACAUAAUGGUGAUAUAAAUAAUACAACAAAUAGAAUCUUAAGAGACUAUGCUAUAAAUACAAUGAAGGAAUUUUUAGGAAUAUAUGGUUUGUCUUCUAAUGAAGUAGCCGAUGCUAUAAACGGACAAAUACGAAACUUGGAAGCACUUCAAGGUAAACCUAUAACUCAGUUGCCGAUGAGCUUGAAACGUAGACACGAUUCAGGCGAUGGCAUUGAUAGGAGCUUGAGAAGGUCGUCAUCUGCGACUGAAGAUGAAGGCUCCACGAACAUAACACCACCUAAAACCCCAGACAAUGAUAUAGAAGCUCAAAGACAAAGAGCAUUACAGAUAAUCAACCAACAAUCAAUGAGGUUGUUUGGCAGAUCUCAAAGUCAAGAGGAAGAUGGCAGCGGUUCGGAUGACGGCGACCAGACUCUUGAUCUGAGUGUUUCGAGAGACGCGGAUGGCCAGGAACAAUCCACAACUUCAAGUACUGGCAACAGCGUCUCCGAAUUCGAACAACAAAACCUUCUCAUGAGAAAGAAUUUAGAAGAUUUAGCCAAUUUACAAAUGCAGGGAUUCUUUCAAAAGCAAUCAAUGAUGGACGCUGACGAUUCACAAGAAAGAAAAUUACAAGCAAGUGGUCGCAACAUCCUCGCUCAUUGAAUCCACAGGACCGCUCCAAUUCAGCCCCCAAUGUGUGCAUCAAUAUGGUACAACGUCCAAUAACCCUCGCUGAACACCAGAGGAAAAACAAUCAGAGCAACAACUCACCGCAGUCCAACAAGUACCUGACAUCGGGCAGACACAACAAAGAGGAUAAAGACAAGGGCACAGAUCAGCAAAGUCACAGCACACAGGCCUCACCGACGGGCACGUUGCGGCCGCGACGUGCGCGAGCGCGCUCUGCCGACGAGUCGUGGAAACACGCGCUGUCGCCGCGAGAGAGCUACGACGACUGGGUCAUACAUGCAGACGAGAUACUCAUCGGACCUCGCAUCGGUAUACAUACAUCUCAUACAUACAACAUACAUACAAUCUA